GCGAGCACGAGUUCGGUCCGUUGGCGCAGAGCGCUGCCGUGAGCUUGUUGCAUCCGCAUGCACCGAAUUCCUUCGAAGCAGGAGCGUCCAGCACCAAUGCAAACCAGAUUGAGCUCAAGUUCACCUCGUUGCAGCGUGUACAUUGCCUUGAUGACAAGGAGAUGUCUAAGCUGUGCGCGAACAUCGGACAUGCUGUCGUGGCCGAGAGACUUGGUCCACACAGUCUCAACUCCCUCAUGGGGGCUGUUCGGAAUCAGGGUUGCUUGGAGCAUCCCAGAUAUCUUUGCAGCUUUAUAACAAUCUCCACAUAG